AUGGCAGGAACGACCAUCACCCCCCAUGGACCUGGUCUCAAGACGCCGUCAGAAGUGGAGAGGCCACUUGCCUCCGGGAUGGCCACAGACGCCUCCCUCCUUGGCAAGACCGGUGGUCAGAUAUUUCACGACAUGAUGGCACGCCAUAAUGUUCGACACAUUUUCGGCUACCCAGGUGGCUGCAUACUGCCGGUGUUCGACGCAAUUCAUCAAUCCGAAGCCUUCGAUUUCAUACUUCCUCGACACGAACAAGGUGGUGGACAUAUGGCACAGGGAUAUGCGCGCGUCACUGGGAAGCCCGGAGUUAUCCUGGUUACAUCCGGGCCCGGCGCGACUAACCUCAUCACACCUAUGAUGGAUGCCCUCGCGGACGGCACUCCCAUGGUUGUCUUCUGUGGUCAGGUUAGCGCAGACAAGAUUGGAACGGACGCUUUCCAGGAAGCGGACAUUCUAUCCAUGUCCCAGCCGUGCACCAAGUGGAACGUCAGCGUGCGCAAGACAGAAGAGCUCGCACAGAGGAUUAGAGAGGCCUUUGAAAUCGCAACUAGCGGUCGGCCGGGACCGGUGCUAGUGGAACUGCCGCUUGAUGUGACUGCGAGUAUUCUAUCAAAAGCCCCGACGAAUCUGCCGAUUCGUCCCCAGAAUCGUCCUGUUACCACUACGGCCAUCAAAGAUGCUCGACGACAGGAGCUGCUUAUAGCAGUUAAAAAGGCUGCCAAGCUUAUUAACAAAGCAAAAAAGCCUGUAAUAUAUGCGGGACAAGGAAUACUAGCUAGCUCUGAUGGGCCUAGGCUCUUGAAGGAGCUAGCGGAUAAGUCGUCAAUUCCUGUUACUACUAGUCUGCAAGGUCUAGGAGCCUUUGACGAAAGAGACCCUAAAGCCUUGCAUAUGCUUGGUCUACAUGGAUCUGGGUACGCUAAUUUAGCUAUCCAGAACGCGGAUUUGAUUCUAGCACUUGGUGCUAGGUUCGACGAUCGGGUUACAGGAUAUAUCCCAAAAUUUGCGCCUCAAGCACGACUGGCAGCGCAUGAAGGCCGCGGCGGGAUAGUCCAUUUUGAUAUCUCUCCUAAGAAUAUCAACAAAGUGGUGGAAGCUACGAUACCUGUUGUUGGUGAUUGCGCGGAGAGCCUUGAACUUCUGUUACCUUAUACUAUACCGAUUCACCGACCUGAAUGGCUCGCGCAGAUCCAGGCCUGGAAAGACCAAUAUCCAUUCCGAGCAUUCAAUCAAAGUGGUAACAACAAUGAUAUGAUUCUGCCUCAGGAUUUUAUCGAGCGACUGAGCGAUGCUGUGGAUCAUAUCAAGGAGCGCACGAUUAUCACUACUGGCGUCGGACAACACCAAAUGUGGGCUGCCCAGCAUUUCCGAUGGAGAUAUCCGAGAACCAUGAUUACUUCUGGGGGGCUUGGUACGAUGGGGUACGGACUUCCUGCGGCAAUUGGCGCGAAGGUUGCUCGUCCUGAGGCUCUUGUCAUCGAUAUUGACGGGGAUGCAUCAUUUAACAUGACCAUCAGCGAAUUGCUCACAGCAAGUCAGUUUGGUAUCGAUGUCAAAGUUGUACUUCUUAACAACGAGGAGCAAGGAUGUCACAACCUCAACCCAGACUUCGUGGACGCUGCUCGAGCAAUGGGAGUGCAGGCUGAAAGUUGCUCCAAGAUCGAUGAUAUGGACAACAAGAUUGGAUGGCUGCUCAAUACUUCCGGCCCAGCACUUCUGGAGGUGAAGGUUGCUCCAAAAGCGUUAUCUCUGCCUAUGGUGCCAUCAGGACGUGGCCUGGAUGAAUUCCAAUUCUACGAUAAAUAA